CGGCAGCUUCCGGUCGGCUUUUCUCUUCCUUCGGCUGCGGGCGCCAGCACGUCCUGUUGUCGUUGGCCGCGCUGGGAUGGCCUCCGCCAGUGUAGUUGUCGCUAGGGCUUAGCGCGGAUCUUUGCCGGGCGCUGAGGGCAGCGCAGUCUCCUUUUUGUCCCGUUCGCCUGCGCGUGGUACUCAAGGGCACCAGCAUUCCCGCGGUCGGCAGCAUGGGUCGGGAGUCACGCCACUAUCGAAAACGAUCGGCAUCACGGGGUCGCUCUGGAAGUCGGUCUAGAAGUCGCUCACCCUCAGACAAAAGAAGUAAACGUGGAGAUGACAGGCGAUCUAGAAGCAGAGAUAGAGAUAGGAGGAGAGAGAGGUCUCGUAGCAGGGAUAAAAGAAGAUCUCGGUCAAGGGACAGGAAGCGUCUGAGACGUUCCAGAAGUAGAGAGAGAGACAGAAGCCGAGAGCGAAGAAGAUCUCGAAGUAGAGACAGGAGACGCUCAAGGAGUAGAAGUCGGGGCCGGCGAUCCCGAUCCUCCAGUCCUGGCAAUAAAAGCAAGAAAAUUGAGAAUAGAUCUAGGUCCAAAGAGAAAACUGAUGGUGGGGAAAGCUCUAAAGAGAAGAAAAAAGACAAAGAUGACAAGGAGGAUGAAAAAGAAAAAGAUGCUGGCAACUUUGACCAGAAUAAGCUGGAAGAAGAAAUGAGAAAGCGAAAAGAAAGAGUAGAAAAAUGGCGAGAAGAGCAACGUAAAAAGGCUAUGGAAAACAUAGGAGAACUGAAAAAGGAAAUCGAAGAGAUGAAACAAGGGAAAAAAUGGAGUUUAGAGGACGAUGAUGAUGAUGAAGAUGAUCCUGCAGAAGCUGAAAAGGAAGGAAAUGAAAUGGAGGGUGAGGAGUUAGAUCCAUUAGAUGCUUACAUGGAAGAAGUGAAAGAGGAAGUAAAAAAAUUUAACAUGAGAAGUGUAAAAGGUGGUGGGGGAAAUGAAAAGAAGUCUGGGCCAACGGUCACAAAAGUUGUCACUGUUGUGACAACCAAAAAAGCAGUUGUGGAUUCUGAUAAGAAGAAAGGUGAGCUGAUGGAGAAUGACCAGGAUGCCAUGGAGUAUUCUUCAGAGGAGGAAGAAGUUGAUCUUCAGACAGCCCUUACAGGGUAUCAAACAAAACAGCGAAAGCUUCUAGAACCAGUUGAUCAUGGAAAAAUUGAAUAUGAGCCAUUUAGGAAAAACUUCUAUGUCGAAGUUCCAGAGCUAGCAAAAAUGUCUCAAGAAGAGGUAAAUGUGUUUCGAUUGGAAAUGGAGGGCAUUACAGUUAAAGGAAAAGGUUGUCCCAAACCAAUUAAAUCCUGGGUCCAGUGUGGAAUUUCCAUGAAGAUCUUAAAUUCCCUCAAAAAGCAUGGCUAUGAAAAGCCCACGCCCAUCCAAACCCAAGCUAUUCCUGCUAUAAUGUCUGGACGAGAUUUGAUUGGCAUCGCCAAAACAGGAAGUGGAAAGACCAUUGCUUUUCUGUUGCCCAUGUUUAGACACAUCAUGGAUCAGAGGUCAUUAGAAGAAGGAGAGGGGCCAAUAGCUGUCAUCAUGACUCCAACUCGAGAACUGGCUUUACAGAUUACUAAAGAGUGUAAGAAGUUUUCCAAGACUUUGGGACUUAGAGUGGUCUGUGUUUAUGGAGGAACAGGAAUCAGUGAGCAGAUUGCUGAGCUGAAAAGAGGUGCUGAAAUUAUUGUUUGCACACCUGGUCGAAUGAUUGACAUGUUAGCAGCUAACAGUGGUCGGGUUACAAAUCUUCGAAGAGUGACAUACGUUGUUUUAGAUGAAGCAGACAGAAUGUUUGACAUGGGUUUUGAACCCCAGGUCAUGCGCAUCGUGGAUAAUGUUCGUCCUGAUCGACAGACGGUUAUGUUUUCAGCUACUUUCCCCAGAGCUAUGGAGGCUUUGGCUCGCAGGAUCCUGAGUAAACCUAUUGAAGUACAAGUUGGAGGCAGGAGUGUGGUUUGCUCGGAUGUGGAGCAACAAGUGAUUGUGAUUGAAGAAGAAAAGAAAUUCUUGAAGUUACUUGAGCUUCUAGGCCAUUAUCAAGAGUCAGGAUCUGUCAUUAUAUUUGUGGAUAAGCAGGAACAUGCUGAUGGUCUUCUUAAGGAUUUAAUGAGAGCAUCUUAUCCUUGCAUGUCUCUUCAUGGAGGCAUUGAUCAAUAUGACAGAGAUAGCAUCAUAAAUGACUUUAAGAAUGGGACCUGCAAACUUCUUGUGGCUACCUCUGUUGCUGCCCGAGGUCUAGAUGUGAAACAUCUGAUUCUUGUAGUAAAUUAUAGCUGCCCCAACCAUUAUGAGGAUUAUGUACACAGAGCAGGGCGGACUGGAAGAGCAGGCAACAAGGGUUAUGCUUAUACUUUUAUCACAGAAGAUCAAGCUCGCUAUGCUGGUGACAUAAUUAAAGCUCUUGAAUUGUCAGGGACCACAGUACCUCCUGAUUUAGAGAAACUGUGGAGUGAUUUCAAAGAUCAACAGAAAGCUGAGGGGAAAAUAAUUAAAAAGAGUAGUGGGUUCUCUGGUAAGGGAUUCAAGUUUGAUGAAACAGAACAAGCUUUGGCUAAUGAGAGGAAGAAGUUACAAAAAGCAGCUCUUGGUCUGCAAGAUUCAGAUGAUGAGGAUGCUGCAGUUGACAUUGAUGAGCAAAUUGAAAGCAUGUUUAAUUCAAAGAAGAGAGUAAAGGAUAUGGCUGCUCCUGGAACAUCAAGUGUUCCUGCUCCAACUGCAGGAAAUGCUGAGAAAUUAGAAAUUGCUAAGAGAUUGGCUCUCAGAAUCAACGCCCAGAAGAAUUUGGGCAUCGAGUCUCAGGUAGAUGUGAUGCAACAGGCCACCAAUGCAAUUCUUAGAGGUGGCACCAUUCUGGCUCCCACUGUUUCUGCAAAAACCAUUGCAGAACAACUUGCCGAAAAGAUCAAUGCCAAGCUCAAUUAUGUGCCUUUAGAGAAACAAGAAGAAGAGAGACAGGAUGGUGGACAGAAUGAAUCUUUUAAGAGAUAUGAAGAAGAAUUAGAGAUCAAUGACUUCCCACAGACUGCUAGGUGGAAAGUUACCUCUAAGGAAGCUCUGCAGAGGAUCAGUGAAUACUCUGAAGCUGCAAUUACAAUCAGAGGAACAUACUUCCCUCCUGGUAAAGAACCCAAGGAAGGCGAGCGGAAGAUUUACUUGGCAAUUGAAAGUGCCAAUGAACUGGCUGUGCAGAAAGCAAAGGCAGAAAUCACCAGGCUCAUAAAAGAAGAGCUGAUCCGGCUGCAAAAUUCAUACCAACCAACAAAUAAAGGAAGAUACAAAGUCUUAUAGACAUCUGGAAAAAAGAUUUUUACCUGUGCUGGUCUAUGAUAGAUGUGGCAGUUGCAGUCUACGGUUUACAAUGUAUUGUAAAUUAAGAUUUUUAAAAUUCUGUCUUGCUGAUUUUUUUUAAAUACAAGAAACUAGUAUUUGGUAAAGAAAUCUGUCCGUAAGUACCCCCACAAUCAAACUAUAUUUAAAGCUGGCCUGUUUUCACAGUAUGAUGUCCUUUAAUGUAAACUUAAAUAUCAGUAUUUUAAAUGUCCGGAUAAUAUUCUAGAGGUUUAAAAAAUGGAAAUAUUUGAACUUUCUGUUGAAGACAAUAAAGUACACAAGUCGUUAGGGGGCUAUUCACUUUAUCCUGUACUUUCAAUGAAAUUGUGAUCAUUUCCUAAGAAAAGGUAAAAUUCACUAUCAUAUUUUGUGUCCCCACCUUGAGCUUAAAUGUUACAUGACUUUGUGGAACAAUAUGAACUGGAUUUAAGAAUGUUAUAAUAGAAGUCUUACAAAAUAGGUUGAGAGUUUCUGUUUCAAUUUUUAUCAUCAUAAAUGGGCAAAAAGUAGUUGGACUAAUUUCGGUUUUUAUACAAGUAAAGAUUUAAUAGUA